AUGCCGGGACUGCAAUUCGAGCUGAAACCAAGGCGGAUCCGACCAGAGAGUUCUGGUGUUGAUCUUCAUCUGGCUAGAGAAAAACCCAAUCCAAACCUGCAGGAUUUAAUCUUUGAUCUGAACAUCAGCGAAAAAAUUGGAGGAAAUCUAAAAAUCUCACUUUCUCAAGUCGAUUGGGAGAUCCUAUAUACCCUAGUCUCUUCUGUCACCAUCAAUCUUCACAGACGCCUCCAUAGCUGGAAAAUGCUGCAGCACUGUGAAGAACGAACUGUAGGUGAAGCACAGAGAGGACGAGAGGAAACGCAAGGAUGGGGCGAAGUCACGCUUACAUGA